AGAAAAGGAAAUCAGAAAUCAGGAAUUAGCCAUUGUUGGAGUUUUGUCUCAGCUCCCAAUAGUGAAGCAUGACCCAUUUUCUCAGCUUGGAUACAUCAAUUUCCGCCACCACAAAUCUCUCAAUCUUUCACACCCCCUUUUCACCUUCCAAUGCAGUAAUAUUACCCUUAGUUUCUCCCAAAUCUCUGGCUUUGCCCUUAGAGAAUUCCAAGAAAUCAGCAUCAAGAACACCAACUAGAACUAGUACUAAAACCCCAUUAACCAAGGUAUUGGCCAGUGGUGUAGCUGCUACUUCAGUGGAGGGAGAAGGUGAUGUUGAAGUUGCUCAGGGAUAUACAAUUACUCAGUUUUGUGAUAAAAUGAUUGAUUUAUUCCUAAAUGAAAAACCCAAGUCAAAAGAAUGGAAAAAGUACUUGGUUUUUAGAGAAGAAUGGAAAAAAUACAGGGAUAGAUUUUACAGUCGGUGUCAAACUCGAGCUGAUUCAGAAGCUGAUUCUCAAAUGAAGGAGAAAUUAAUUAGCUUGGCUAGAAAAGUUAGGAAGAUUGAUGAUGAACUGGAAAGGCAUACUGAACUUCUCAAAGAGAUACAAGAUAACCCGAGGGAUUUGAAUGCAAUCGUUACUAAGAGGCGCAAGGACUUCACUGGUGAAUUCUUUCGUCAUUUGACUCUGCUUUCAGAAGUUUAUGAUAGCUUGGAGGAGCGGGAUGCAAUUGCCAGACUUGGGACUAGAUGCUUGUCUGCAGUCAGUGCUUAUGAUAACACAUUGGAGAUUGUGGGAACACUAGAUACCGCCCAGGCCAAAUUUGAUGACAUCUUGAACUCUCCAUCAAUUGAUGCAUCAUGUGAGAAGAUUAAAAGCCUUGCCAAGUCUAAAGAACUUGACUCUUCUUUGGUCCUGCUGAUAAAUGGUGCUUGGGCUUCAGCAAAAGAAUCCUCUACCAUGAGAAAUGAGGUAAAGGAGAUAAUGCACCGUCUAUACAAGGCUACACAAAGUAGUCUAAGGAGUAUGGCACCAAAAGAAAUAAAGUUGCUUAAGUACUUGCUAAACAUCACAGAUCCUGAAGAGCGAUUCUCAGCAUUGGCAACAGCUUUCAGUCCUGGUCAUGAACAUGAUGCUAAGGAUCCUAAUGCUAUUUAUACAACUCCAAAAGAGCUGCACAAGUGGAUUAAAAUCAUGCUUGACGCGUACAACCUGAAUAAAGAAGAGACUGAAAUUAGGGAAGCCAAGCAGAUAAAUCAACCUGUUGUUAUUCAGAGACUUUUCAUUCUGAAGGAGACAAUUGAAGCAGAAUACUUGGAAAAAGAAGCUAACAAAGAAAAAGAUUCAAAACCAGAGGAAGUAGUGAUAUGAGUACCGACUCUGCCAACAUAUCUGUUGCUUACCACCAUUUAUUGUUAUUGCUAGCUACCAGUUAUCUGCUUCAAAAUUUGUAAUAAUAGGCAAUGUCUUUGGUGAUUUAUGUAUCUCCUUCAGCAUGCAGGUUUACAAUGCAUAGCAUGUGUUGCAAUAGUGAAGGCAUUAUGUUUAGUUGGUUUUGUAGAAAUAGCAAAAAGUUGUUUGCUCACCUAGAUGUAACUGAUAGCUUGUUGGAAUUUUCUCUUCUGAAAGACAGAGAGAGCUUUCUACACUUGCCCGAAGUUCUGCGUAUUGGUUUCAAAGA